AUGGCAAUCCAGCUAGAGAGUAACGGCAUCCUCGACGGGCCCACCACCACCACCACCUCGUCUUUGCACGGCAGCGGCGACGGAGGGGAGACCACAUCGACGCUACUGCGCCAGAUCGACUCCAACCUACCCCUUCACGCGGCGCAGUCGCAGGCGGCAUCGGCAUCGGCGGCGCAAAAGGCGCUCAACUCACUCGCCACGCGGCCCCGGGCAUUCGCACUCGCUCCCACCGAUGAGGACGAUGCACCGCCGCCGGAUUUCGACAUCGACGAGAUGCUCAGAGACGAAGAGGACGAUCGGUUGCGCCGCCAGGCCGAUGACGAUGCGGAACAGGAGUUGCUCGAUCUGAUCCGGGUACAGGACCAAGACGAGCACGAGCACCGUCGACCCCCCCGCCCCGCUCCGCCGAAAUCUGCCGAUACCGGCGCGGCCUCGCACCUCGAAGACCUCCUUGGUAUGACGGCGUCCCCGUCUCGAUCGGAUGGCGGUGCAUCGGCACGACCGCAGACGACCUCUCAGCGUCCGACCGCUUUGUCCGGUGCCAGCGUACAGGAUGCCUCCACCGCCUCGCCGUCCACCCUCUCCGCCCUCGAGCGGAUCCAGGCCGAGAUGGAGACCGAGGCCCGCUUAGUCGACUUGCCAUCCUGCGCACAGGCAGGCCCCAGCAGCAGCAGCAGCGCCAACCUCGACGCUGCUACCGGCACAGCCUCCUCCUCUCGGCGGCCAGCAACCGACGGCGCCGCCAUCCCCAAGUACAUCCCCGCCGGCUUCGCCUACGCCACCUCGUUUGACGGCAAAGAGAUCCGCUUCGAGCGUCGCAAACGCCUCAAGGCCUGGAAGCCCUCGCCCGUCUACUCGGGCACCCGCGUCCAGGACCUCCUCGCCGAACCCAUCUACCGCCUCCGCGACCGCGUCGAGGCGCUAAAGGCCCUCGAGAUUGUCGAACGGCACGAGGCCGCAGAGGCCGCCGCCUCGGCUUCCAAGGUCGGCAGGAGCACCGCCGACGCGAGUGGUGCUGGUGCUGCCGCGGCCGGCGCUACUGCGCGGACCCGCUCCGGCAAGCUGGAUCGGACGAGCCAGAUGUGGGUCGACCGGUACCGCCCCAAGAAGUUUACCGAGCUGCUCGGCGACGAGCGCGUCCACCGCGACGUCCUCGGCUGGCUCAAGGAGUGGGACGAGUGCGUCUUCAAGCGCAAGAACCUGCGCAAGGAGCGCCACCGGCAGUACAUCGAGUCAAAGUACGGCAACGGCGGCGACAGGAGCUCGUCGUCCGGCGUGGGGGCGGCGUCGACCUCGGGUCCGAGUCUGGGCGGCGUGGGCGGCGUGGGGGCGGCAGACGGCAAGCCGGCCUGGAAGGACCCGUACGGCCGGCCCAGCGAGCGCGUGCUGAUGGUGUCUGGACCGCCGGGCCUGGGCAAGACGACGCUGGCGCACGUCAUCGCCCAGCACGCCGGCUACAACGUCUUUGAGCUCAACGCCAGCGACGCACGGACGGCGGGCGCGGUCGAGGACCAGAUCCGCAUGGCGCUCGAGAGCGGCAGCCUCAAGGACCCGCGGCCGACGCUCGUCGUCAUCGACGAGAUCGACGGCGCCACGGGAGGCGGCGGAGGCGGUGGUGGUGGCGCUGGAGGGGCGGGCGGAGGCGGAGCUUCCGGGUCCGGCGAGAGCGCGGGUUUUGUGCGUGCGCUGGUCAAGCUCAUCGAGAAUGGCCGCGGCUCCUCUUCGGCCAAGGGCGGUGCUGCGGGCGGCAGCAGCCGGCGCGGCCACAAGAACGGCAAGCAGGGCCACAAGCCGCUGCUGCGCCCCAUCAUCUGCGUGUGCAACGACGUCUACGCGCCGGCGCUGCGGCCGCUGCGGCCACUGGCCAAGCUGGUGCGGUUCAACAAGGCGCCGACCAACAUCGUGGUGCGGCGGCUGCGCGACAUCUGCGACGCCGAGGGCGUCGAGGCCGACACGCGCGGGCUGUCGCUGCUGUGCGAGCUGACGGGCGGCGACAUCCGGGCGUGCAUCAACGCGCUCGAGUUUGCCAAGACCAAGGACGUCUACCUGACCGAGGCGGCGGUGCGCAACGCGGCCGUCGGCAUCAAGGACACGGGCACCACGGUGCACCGCGUGUGGGAGAUGCUCUUCCGCACGCAGAACCGCAAGGAAAAGAUCAAGUCGAGCACGCGCGGCCAGCAGGCGGCGGCGUCGUCGUCGUCGUCGAUCGCGCCUUGGAACCAGCAGGGCGGUCGGAGCGCCAGCGCGCCCACCGCCGGCGCCGGCACGGGUGCCGGAGCCAAGGGCAAGGUGGCCGGCAACGACGUCGUCAUGGUCGACACGCCGCAGGAAAACGUCAACCGGCUCAUCCACGAGAUUGGGUCGUGCAACGAGUACGACAAGCUGGCGCAGGGCUGCUUUGAGCACUACCCGCUGCUGCGCGCCUCGGACGACGGCUGGCGGCGCUUUCGGCGCGCGCACGAGUGGCUCGACUUUGGUCAGGCCGUGAGCGCCAAGGCGUGGAGCAGCGGCGGGGGCAGUUUUGAGCUGCUGGCCUACCUGCCGUGGAGCUUUGUGCCGUGGCACCUGCUGUUUGCCAAUUCGGUCAACCCGCUGCCCGAGUACCCGCGCGUCGACUACGAGAUGCACCUGCGCGCCACUGCGUUUCGCGAGAUUUCGUCGACGCUGCACGCCUCGUUGCCGCCCUCGCUGCGGUGCCAGUUUAACCGCACCGCGCUGCACCUCGAGCUGGGGCCGACGCUGCUGCCCAUCCUCAAUCCGGAGCUACGGCCCAUCAACAACGCCAUCACCUCGACGUCGGACCGCGCUACGCUGUCGCGGCUCGUCGACAUCAUGCUGUCCCUGGGCCUGGAGCUGGUGCAGGACCGCAGCGAGGCGGAUCCCACCUCGCUCGUGUGGAAACUCGAUCCGCCCCUCGAAGUCUUUAACCUCUUUCAAGGUCGAUCCGACUCGUCCUCGUCCUCGGUGGCGAGGGGCAAGACGAGGUUGGCACUCCGCGCCAUUGUCGCGCGCGAAAUGCAAAAGCAACGGACGAGGCUCAAGCAUCUCGCGGCUGGUGGAUGCCCCGACGAGUCGACAUCGACGACGGCGGCCGGACAGACUACGGCGGGAAAAGCCAUGUCCGUCUACCGCCGCGGCGCCAGUGGCGGAGGAGGGGCAGCAUCGAUCCAGACGACAGGCACGGCCGCCGCCGGUCUGGCGAGCGGUGGCAAAGUGGCCAAAGACUUUUUCGGUCGUGUCAUACUCCCCAAGCCCUCCGUCGUCGCUCCUCCCGCUGCAGCAGUCGAGAUCCCAGAAGGUAUGCGAAGAGGCGCAGCGACGACGACGACGAUGACGGCAAGGAGGACCAGGCAAGCCGCCGACGAGGACGAGGACGAGGACGGGGACGCGUCGUCGUCGAACAAGAAGCUCAGGCUGGACGCAUCGUCGUCAACGGGCAUCAAGGUGUUUUACCGCUACCACGAGGGCUUUUCCAAUGCCGUUCGUCGACCCGUCAAGAUGUCGUUCCUCCUCUAG